UUUCUGCAUCCUCGGCGCUCAUGUUUGUAGAAGAAGUGAAGAGAGGAGAUAUUUUCACCUCCAUCCACGACACAACGAACCUCCCGCUGCUCCAAACAAGAUCUGAGCUUCGUUAUGAAGGCGAUUGUCUGGUGUGUGUUUGUGCUGGGCGCAGUCUCUGCUGCAGCAAAGGUCGUCAUGACCAACGCCGGGGAGAAAGUCAUGUUGGAAUGUGAUGCCGCAAGAUCUGAUUCUUUGCAAUGGUAUCAAACAGAUAAAAUGAUCGUCAGUGUCGACAUGAAGAGCGGCCGUCAACAGCCAGGAAACGCUCCUGUUGCAAAGGAGAAGAGGUCAACGGUGAGGCAGGACACCGAGCUACAUAUCAGUGGAGUGACGGAGAAGGAUGCUGGAAAGUUCACAUGUAAAGCAAGUCGAAAAACGACUGAAUACGUUCUUCUCGUGGUCUCAACCUCAGUCAGCCCCUCUCCGGUCCUCCAGCCGGGAAGUGAGGCCAGGCUGCGGUGUCAGGUGAAAGGUCUGGACACGGGCCUCACAGUGCAGUGGAAAAAGCCAGACGGAAGCCUCCUCUCAGACUCACAGGAAGUGCAGCUCAACUCUGCUACCACGUCAGAUGGCGGGACCUGGCAGUGUGUGGUCCAGUAUGGGUCGGAGACGUUCAGCAGGGACGUCACCAUCAAAGUUGAAGACGCGAAGCUGACGACUACGAGUGCUCCAGUCACCCAGAGGGGCCCACAGGCCCCCGGUCCAGGUGUGACGGCGGACGAUCCGGCCGAUGUUGGCGUGCAGCUGCUGGGCCUCAGCUGGUGGGUGUGGGUCGCGCUGGGAGUCGGCUGCCUGGUCUCCGUCCUCCUCCUGGUCCUCGCCAUCAUCUUGUGUCAGAGGAUCAAAAGGAAGAAGAGAAGGCGAUAUCUGAAAGUGAAACACGUCCCACAGCCUCUGACACCCAGGAAGUUCUGCGAGUGUAACCGCCCAACAGCUGCAGCCAGACCGCAGCGAGGACGCCGCAGAGAGAAGCCAUCAGCCCUCCCUCUGUAACCCCAGCUAAUGGAGUGACAUGAAAGGCAGAUCGAGGAGAGGGAGAGAGAUGCGGAAAAAUAAAGAACGACUGAGAAGGGGGAGGAAGCGAGCGCGAGGGGAGGGGACGGGAAAUAGAUGACGAUAAAGAGAGGGCGAGUGGAAAGGAAGCCGGAGUGGAUAUGAUUUGAAUGUAAAUGGACUUUUGAUGAAAAUAGCAAUCACAUGUAAUGAUAUCGGCACUUUGAGCUUUUCCGGUAAAUGCUUCACAGUUUGUCUCUGCUUCACCUGUCUCUCUCUCUCUCUCUCUCUCUCUCCCCCCUGAUCGCCCGGCCCCGCCGCUCACACACACCUUCGCUAUUUGUUUUUCUCAGUGUUGCAUCACUCCUGUAGUUAAUCCUGGAAUUAAUUAUGAAAGUCUUUGUGUGUGUUUGUGUUUGUGUGUGUGUGUGUGUGUGUGUGUGGGUCCACACUUUCAAAGCUACUUUUCUGCUUUUCAUGCUUUGAUCCAGUUGCUCCAGAUGUAUUGAAUUGUUAUCGCUGUACAGUACUGCGCACAGAAAGACAAAAUGUUGCAAAGUAAAAAAGCUCUGAAAUCCUGUCAGCUGGUCAUUCUUUUUUUCUCUCGACUCACAUGAAUGUAAUUUGGGUUAAAUGAUUUGAAAUCGAUGUUUAAAUGUGAACACCAUUUCCCCUGAAACCUGCACUGAUGUUUCACGCAGACAUGUCUGUGUUGAAUGGGCUCGACGGUGAAAAUCUCCUUUGCACUGUCACCUCUCUCCCAAAGUCAUGAUUUUCCUAAAUUUUCUGCACUGAGCAAGAUUUUUUUUCAUGUCAGUGCUCAAAAACACUUUGUAAAGCGCUGUUUGAAAAUUCUUAUGUCUUUUUUUCCUGUCAAUAAACUACAAAGACUCCCA